CAUCAUUCGACAAAGGAAAAACAUCGCUACAACAAGUGAUUAUUUAUGACUUAUAUUUAUGACGAUAUGAACAGUACAAAGUAAAUGAAACACAACGAUACACAAGCUUGACUAUGAGCUCAAACGUCUUUCGAACGCCUUUGAGCAGUAGAACAGGGUUUUCUGGCCAAGCAUCUUCAUCUUCUUCAGGAAGCGUUCGAAAGAGUUAUGAAGAAGCACAAAAUGAUCUAGACGGCAAGGUAGAAGAAGAAGGUGGUGCUCGUGUAUAUUGGUAUGCACCACCUUCUCCUUCUUUGCAGGUACAACAAGCCGAACAUCAAAGGAUAAUGGCAAGAGCAGGAGCAAUUCAACCAAUGGCAUCACAAGCUUUUCGCGAUGAAUUACUAGGACCUUCGAAAGUGCAAGGUGUUGAGAGCAACAUGCGAUCUCGCAAAGUUGGCAGACGAUCCACUAGAAAGAGUAAUGGAGCCUCUACAUCGACACAUUCUGGAAGUGCAGAGAAUAACAGUAAAGGAAAAAAUGCUCGAGAUUCUGGAGAAAUUGAUCAAAUGUUGAAUGAUUUGGAUGAACAUUUGACGAGCAAAAAGGUUGAUCUCUUGACAGAAGACGAUGCGGAUCAGUGCGAAGUAAGUGCAAAAGAUGGAGCUGCAGUCGCCAGUCAGGACACGUCCCAAGUAGAAACAGAUAAUCUACAGCAAGUGCUCAUCGAAGGAAUGGACAGAGCAUUUUCACAAGAUAAAAGUAAUUAUAUCAUUGCAAGCACUCUGCCACUUAUUUCGAGAAAUACGAAAAAUUGGUCACGUACUGCCAGUAUGCCUGUUCACAGGAGCAGUCAAAGCGAUUCGCAAUCGAUCAGAAAUCCAAUCCUUGCUCUGCCCAUCCAAGAAGACGGAGGCUUGUUGGGAAAGAGAUCAUUUCCACAUUCACCAGAAGGUGUUCCUCAAACUGCUUCGCACGGAAGGAAAUCUUCGAUUGAUGCUAUGGAUAUCAGCCCAUGCAAAUCAAAUAAUCGACCUCAACGCUCCAGUCCCAACAAGAGAAGGGCGGCUGAGUCUAUCGAUUCAGCACCGUUGCAAGAGCGUGAUGCAAACAUCCAGCGCUCAAUUGCGGCAGUAAAUCUACCUCAAGUCAAAGUACGAAAGGGCCAAUUCUCUAGAAGCGUUAGUGAAGGCGUUAAACAAAUGAAUCAGAUUGAGAGGUUGGAAGUAGGAACGAUGACAUCAGUCAAUAAUGAUGCAAAAGUAGCUGAAAAAUGCGAAGGUGAGCCAGAGGAGCCUGUCGCCGCCCAAAGUAAGAGCAGAUCUCGCGCCAGUGAGGCAGGGAUGCCUCUUGUCACACAAGAUCAAAGCAGAUCUGGAGCCAUUUCGCCACAGGCAUCCAAGGUCAAUACGUGUGCCGAGAAGCGAUCUCCAACCGCUCAUAGACAACGUACUGCACCAAGAUGUGGUCUGAGUCGAUCUGCAGCUCCAUCAUCAUCCCGUCAAAAUCAAGUGAUCGGUGGCAAGAAUUCCAUCUUUUCUGGCACAGCUUCUUCUGCUAAUACUGGACGUAGAGCUUCGGUCAAUGCACCUUUUAAGCAACCUAUGCGAAGAAGUCCACGUAAGAAAGAAGGAGAGAAUCAAAAGACACAAGCAAAUACUGGAUCAAGAAGUAUAAGUCGAUCUACAUCGGGUGCAAGUGAUGUGAUUACAAUUGAUGAUUCGUCCGACGAUGAAGCAGAACGUAGUACAGGGAAGGGAAGGAUGGCAACUAUCAAAGCAUCACCUAGUGCACAGGAAGCGGCCACAGAUAAAGGUAAACUCACGCUUCACAGAUCCAAAGAAGCUAAUGAAUCGACUGCUGUAGGAGAUGUAUCUUUCGAUACGUCCCUAGACGAUGAAGCAUUGUGCAAUGCAUUAGACAAGAUUGAAGCUUCUCAGAAAGAACAAGAAGAGCAAGCAGCAGACAGAACAAAUGAUUCCAAUAAGAUCUCACAAUCAGCUCCUGCUCAUCCAACUUCUGAUGAUAGUUUCGAUAAUAUGAUUGAUGAUGACGUUUCUGCUGCGAUCCUUUCACGAAUGGAUGAAGAAGGAUGGUAAAUGAAUUGAUGUAUAUAUCCUGGAUCUCAUGUAUGUAUGUAUUUAACACAAUGACAAGACUCUCCCCAGAUAUGAUUCACGCUAGCGUCUGCAUGCUGAAAAUUAAGCUCUAUUAUCAAGCAUAGAUUUCUUGGCAUUAGCCCGUUGAUUGUCA